GGUGAAUCUGGAGGCUGCACUGAGGAGGCAGUAUUUGAAUUUGGCUUUAAUAGGAUUUCAACCAUGAUUUGGGGACAGGGAACACAUUUCAGGAGAACAACCGUUUGGCAAAUGUCUGGUGCCCUAUUUUCCCUCAGUUGGAAUGGGACAGAACCUGCCUGGCUUAAAAGGUGGAGAAUUCAGAGUGGAGCUUCCGGGUUCAGGAAGAGCCAGCCUGGAAGAAGUGGUCAAGAAGCAAGGGGUUGGGGUGCCCUCAUUCCUCCCCCCCUUUUCCCACCAGAGGACCCCCAGGCUGACUCCUCAAUCUCACCCCUUCCCCACUUGGAGUCCAAGAUCCAACAGACACACAGCCUUGCCCGCCUCCUCACCAAAUAUGCUGAGCAGCUGCUCCAGGAAUAUGUGCAGCACCAGGGAGACCCCUUCGGGCUGCCUGGCUUCUCGCCCCCGCGGCUGCCGGUGGCCGAUCUGAGCGCCCCGGCCCCGGGCCACGCGGGCCUGCCAGUGCCCGAGCGCCUGCGGCUGGACGAGGCGGCGCUAGCCGCGCUGCCACCGCUGCUGGACGUCGUGCGCCGCCGCCAGGCCGAGCUGAACCCGCGCGCGCUGCGCCUGCUGCGGCGCCUGGAGGACGCGGCGCGCCAGGCGCGGGCCCUGGGCGCCGCCGUGGAGGCCGUGCUGGCCGCGCUGGGCGCCGAGACCCGUGGGCCCCGACCGGAGCCCAACGCCAUUGCCGCGGCCACUGUCACCGCGGGCGUCUUCCCGGCCAAGGUGCUGGGGCUCCGCGUGUGCGGCCUCUACCGCGAGUGGGUGAGCCGCACCGAGGCCGACCUAGGCCAGCUGGCGCCCGGGGGCCCGGCCUAAGAGCGGGGCACGCGCCGCAGCUCGCGGUCCCCUCCUGGGCCGUCUUCCCCUCUCCAUCCCUCUCCAUCUCCAGCAGCGUCUCUGUGUUCUCCGACCGUCUCCAUCUCUCUAUUUGCUUUGUACACUCUCGAUCUCUUUUUCUCCCUGGGGCCUCCUUGUCUCCGUCUAUGACUUCCCAUGUCUAUCACCCUUGCUUUCCCCCUCUUCUUCUCCAUCGCUUGGGCCUGCCUCGCUGAGGAUCUCUGUCUCCCCUUCUCCCCAUCUCUUGCCUCCUCUUGGCCCCAUGUGAGCAUGUGUACAUCUGCGCCUCAUCUCAAGGGGACACCUGGCACUCUGUUUCCCUCUGUCCUUCUCUCUGUCCUUUCCUGGCCAGGGACAUGUCUGCUGACCCUGUAGUGGGUGGGCUCCUCCAGACAAAUUUCAGCCACCUUCCCCCAGGGUCACUCCACCUGCUGCUCUCCCCCUCCCACAUCCCACCCUUUGCGGCCCUGCCUCCUCUGCCUUUGAUGUCCUUUCCCUUCUUCCCGUCCCUCUGCCCUAUCCCUGUACCUUCCCUUCCCCCCAAGUUAGGUCUACUGGAGAGAAAAAAA